CCCUACACAUUGCAAGACUUUGAAUGCACACUGAUUGUGCAUUCUCCAGAGAAUGUGACCAUGAUGUUCUUUAAACUUGAAACGCAGAGAAACGGCGAUACCCAUCACCUGUGAGGUGGGUGUAUUUUCAUAAUGGAAUGUAAUUUUCCAUUAUACUGUAUCAAUCUAACUUUCCAUUCAUCAAUAAACCAUAUCCCAUCCAUCUCACCAUUCAUCCCCAUUAGUUACAGAUUAGUUGUUGUUUUGUGAAAGCGGCUGAUUUCUACUCGGAAAUGUUGUUCCUCUAUUCUGGAAUUAUUUUCAUUCUCAAGUAUAAUAUACAAGACAUCAGGAAAUACAUCAUUUUCACAUGUUUUAAUAUUCUGAAUACUUUCUUCUAUGAAUAGCAUUGGGGUUAUAUUGGAAAAGAGCUUAUGAAGUAAUUGUGUCUAGUUCAGUCAUUAUCUUUAUUUUCGGAUAUUAUUUGAGUAUUUUUGAUAAUUCAGGAAAGAAAACAUAAAAAAGAGGUUAACUAGAAUCACUCAAUUUCAUAUAUCAACGUUUGAGGUUGCCAGUCAUAUCAGUAUGCUGUUCAAUUUUGACAGUAAUUUUCUUCACUGGUGUCAAUUGGUGUCAUGGAUUUCUAAUGAGUCCUAAAACAAAUGUUGUGAAAUCACGGCAAAAAUGAAAUUUUGAAUACAGAUCUCAAAUUAUUUCAUGAUAUCAACCAUCACUCCUAUACUUUAAUGUUAUAUUUGCAUAGAGGCUUAGUUACUGAGAAAGCAAUUUAUAUCACAGGACACCGCGUGACAAGACAAUGCCAAUACCCAAACACACCUUAAAAACGUUUGAGGAAGAGGCAUAGGUACAAUUCGUUCUUAAUCACAAUCUUAUUUGUUCUUCAAAGUUUACCGCGACUGGAAAUUCCCUCUCCAUGCAUCAUCGUACAGGAGAAGAGGGAAGGAUGCUCCGUUUUGCAGUCAUGACUGUGUACUCGUUGAGCGAUAAAGGACUCAUAAUGGUUUAAUAGAUUAGGUUAUCUCAACUAAUAUCAUUCUUGUGUAAUCCCGUAGAUUAUAAACUGAAAAUCACACCCAAUAUAGGUCUUGCAUCUCGAUUGCCUGAUAAGACUGAAGAGUCACAAUGUUGAUCAGUAUUGUUUUUUUCAACCUUACAAAGUGAUACAUCCCUGGGAUUUUUUUUCUUCUCUCUUUUUGGGUGAUUUGAGUGUUAAGGUAAUGAUGGUACUCUGGAAUGCGGAAAUAAGUGACCUGUAUACCGCCAAACAUAAAAUGUACAAUUACCGACCUGUAUUUCCGUAUAAUUAAGAAAGGGGAAUAAAUAGAGCACACGCGGUUCGCGUUAAGAGUUCAUGAUCUGAUGGUACUAGGAAUGAGGAAGAUAUUACAUCUGGAGCUUGUAUGGAGAGGUAGAGAAAAUAUGAGAGAAUGUGGGAAUAUGAUGGGUAAACAUCAAAAUGUCAACGGAACCUCGCUCUUAAUGUAUCUUGACAACAUGAGACUUAAGCAUUAGUACAGUCUCCAUCUAGAUCCUGUCGUGCUAUUCUCAUUCUAUUUCAAAUCUAUGUGCUUGGACAAAUGAUAACUUUCAUUUGGAUACAAUUUCUUUCCAUUUAUCUCGAAGUCCGACAUGGUUCUAACCAAUCCAGUUCCAUUUAUCAUGCUUAUUAAGACAAUUGAACAGUGAAAUGGAUCUAGUCUGGAUAAUUAUCUUGAACUCGUCGUCGUUUGACUAGGAACAGGAAAUAUCGAGGAUUUGGACCGAGUGUUAAGAAUUGUCUUUCGUCAUUGAAAUACUCAGGAUGAGACUGAUUGUAUUAUUGUCUGCUCAUUAUCGGGUCAAAAUGAUUCUUUAUUUAUUCAUUCUUUCUUCGAGUGUGUUCAAUAUUAUCUUGGCUGAUUCGAAUGAACACGAAAGUGCAGCCUUGCACCUAUUUCCAGGGGCUAUAAAACGAUCAUCAGCUCUUGUAAGUGGAUGUCAUUGCAACUGCACGUCAAACAAUAAUGAUGCUCUAUCGAAUAUUGGAUUUUUUCCAUGUCAUUCAUCUGAAUGCAUCAAGUGUGCUCCUACUAAUUAUGAUGUAUGUGUUUCCGCUUUCACUGACAACGAAGGAAGCCAAGAUUAUGGAUUGUACGUCUGUCUAACUGACCAACAACAAUCAAGAGCCAUGUGUCUUUAUAGUCUUCAGAUACCUUACUUUAUAUGCGAAAAGACAGAUAAUCGUUACAUUGAAUGCCAGUAUGAAAGAGGAAAUGAGGAAUCCAUCUGCACAUUUAGAGCACCAACCAAAGUUAUUUCUGAUGGCUGUUACCCGCUCGCGCCAUCUUGCCCGGAUAAUUCAAGAGUUUGCUGUGAGAGUGCACGGGAAUGCAGUUGUCUUUCCAACAUCUUUGCUCCCAGUUCGGAUAUCUGUUUGCAGAAGUCUGUAGCCAAUGGCCUGUGGGGAUCCUGCGAGUGUGAUGCAUACAGAGGAUCACCAGUUUGUGGAGCAUGUGGCGAAUGCGACGAUGACGGUGGAGAUGAUGACAGUCCUUCAGACGACAAGAAUAGUGUUUCAGGCACAAACAAUAGAGGAGCCGAGGGAGGUGGUGAUGUAGGCGGGUUUGAGGAAUCGCAUCAGGAUCCCAUGAAGAUCGCAGGCGUAGUCGUACCAAUCGUCGCCAUCAUUGUGUUUCUUGUUGUCGGCAUGAUAGUCGUCUGGCGGACUGGAGGGAUUCCAAAGUGCAUGAAGCGAAGAUGUGUAUGUACCUGCGAAGAAACGGGUUCCAUGACAGAACUACCAGUGAAGCGAUCACCCAGUGGCCCAGAUCACGAAAACCCUUACGAAAUUGAACCAAAUGAGGAACCACACUUCUACGCAGGUGUUCAUAACAUAGGUAGUACCGACAGAUCUAAUCAGGAUGGACCACUGACAAACGCACGGGAAGACACAAACGGAUACUUAUGGUAUCGAGGAGAGGAAUCCUCAAGAAAACUGUCAUCAAAUCUAGAUCAGAAUAAAAAAGAUCCCGGAGACGGCCUCGUAUAUUAUGAACUAGAAGAAACUAAGGAAACGCCAGGUGACAAACAAGUCACCGAUACAACACCCGAGUAUCUCGAGUUCGAUGUGGAAGACAAGAUGGCAGCAACAAAAGAAGAACCUAAAGGUCAGGAUCAUACAGUGCAUUCCAAAGAGCAAGCAGCCAGUCAUGCUAGUCCAAAUGCAAUAAUUUCCCAAGAGGACUGUCGGUAUGGAAAACUCGACCGUAGUCCCGAUAAAUCUGGACACUUGAAAAGCAAAACUCAUUUCACAGAAGAAGACGAGUAUGGACACUUAGAACCUGUCAAAGGUGCCGCGGGAGAUAACACAUGCUAUUCCUGUGCAGAGACAAUAAAAUCUACAGAAAACCCUGGGAGUCAUGCAAGUCCAAAUGGGGACAUCAUUCAACAAGACACUGAAUACGGAAAACUUGACCGUAGCCCAAACAAGUCAGGGCACUUGAAAUACAGCACUCAUCCCCCAGUAGAUGACGAGUAUGCACACUUACAACCUGUCAAAGGCGCUGGAAGAGAUACAGAAGAUUGUCCCCCUGCAGAGGCAGUGCAGUCUACAGAGCAACCACGGUGCCAGGUUAGUCCAAAUGUAGACAUGGCCAAAGAAGAUUGUCAGUAUGGAAAACUUGACCGUAGUCCCAACAAGUCAGGACAUCUGAAAUACGGCACUCAUCCUACAACAGAUGACGAGUAUGGGCACUUAGAACCUAUCAAAGGCACUUCAGAAGAUACCACAAGUUGCCAACCUACAGAGACAUACCAGGCUCUUGAAAGGGGCCCGGUUGUGAAGGCACUAGCUGAGAACUUGCAGGGGGAUAGUGGUACAGAAUAUGGACGACUUGAUAUGACAGAAGUGGAACAACAGACAGCGCCAUCUAAUGCUACUCCUCAAUCGAUUUCAUUAGAUCCAAAUCGAACGAGAACGCCAGAUGAUAUGCCCCCGAGUAGUGAAGAAGUAUAUGGUAUUCUUUAAAUAAAAAAAUCUUAUGGAAAGGAAGCAACAGCGGAAAUUGAUGAGGAGCAUUUGAUAAAACAGUGUAUAUAGAUAUCUAUGCAAAUGUGCAAAAUAAAAAAACCUCAGUUUUCUUUCUUUAAUAAUUUGUUGAGUUUCCUACUCAGUUUUCAUGGAACCAUUUUCACGAGAUCAAUUUGGCAGUCUGUUUUUUUUUUUAGCUCUUUGACCGAUUUCUUUCCUCGAUUGUUCCAACGGAUGUCUAGUUGAUUUUGUUAUUCUAUAUAUGUAUAUAUAUAUAUAUCUUUCCUCGAUUGUUCCAACGGAUGUCUAGUUGAUUUUUGUUAUUCAAUAUAUAUAUAUAAAUUAUAAC